AUGCCAGUUAAACCCAGUAUAAGGAGCAAUCGAGAUCGUGUCAAGUUGCUGCGCAAUGCUCUACUCUGUGGCAUGUGUGCCUUUGCAGCCUUCCAGCUAAUUCCACCGUUGGAAAGCAUGGCGAAUUCGUCGUGUGGCCGUCCUGACCACUAUAUCGUCCAGGUCGAAUCGUUCGUCGCAAGCUCAAUAUCAAAGCUGUGGUUGCAGCCCUUCACACGUUGUUGGCACCCAGAUAGUGCAAAGGUUUUGGCUUUCGAUCUUGUGCAGCACCGAGCUCCGGUAGGUACAAAUCGGAUCGGCCCUUGUUUUGUCGAGAGCAAACGAGACCCUGAUAUGCUUCGUACAGGGGUUGUUGCUGGCUCUUUGAAAGUUGUUGGUGUCUACGCAAGGGGUCUAGCGUAUCCAAAGUAG